AUGAAAGACGAACUUGGCGAAUCAAACGAUUUGAACUCAUUGGGUCAUUUGAUGGUAAAAAUGGCAAAAUUUGAUAAAGCGAAAGAUUAUUUCUUCAAGGUGAUCAAUGAUUCAACCCCAAAUCAUACCUCAAUUGUAACAGCAUAUAGUAACAUUGGAUUAGUUUAUUAUAGUCAAGGUGAUUAUGAUAAAGCAUUGAAAUCUUAUGAGAAAGCUCUUGAGAUCUCAUUAGUUUCACUUCCACUAAAUCAUCCCUCAAGUGCAACCACAUAUAAUAACAUUGGAUUAGUUUAUAAAAAUAAAGGUGAUUAUGAUAAAGCAUUGAAAUGUUAUGAGAAAGCUCUUGAGAUUCAAUUAGUUUCACUUCCACCAAAUCACCCUGAUAUUGCAACUACAUAUGGUAACAUUAGGUCAGUUUAUGACAGUCAAGGUGAUUAUGAUAAAGCAUUGAAACGUUGUGAGAAAGCUCUUGAGAUCUCAUUAGUUUCACUUGCAUCAAAUCAUCCCUCAAUUGCAACUACAUAUGGUAACAUUGGGUCAGUUUAUGACAGUCAAGGUGAUUAUGAUAAAGCAUUGAAAUCUUAUGAGAAAGCACUCGUUAUUGGAGACAAGACCUAG